AUGCCUCCUCUGUCGGCUUACACUCCACUUGAAUCGCUUCUCUUCUUUCAGUCUCUCGCGGCCUACGACACGCGACCGACCAGCUUUGUCUCGAUAUCCGAUCUCCUGCGCAACAACAAGUUUGUUCGCGAAAAUGGCGCGUUCGACGCGCACCGGCUUUCUCCAGAGGCCUUGGAGGAGCUUUAUUCGACGUUGAUGCGUGAUAACGGCGACUCGGCUGUGUCUGCAAACGAACCGAAUGGCCAUCACUCAGAAUCAACCAGCCCCAGUAAUCCCAAGAAGCGCAAGAUUACCAGUUCACGACCAGAUGGCUUGUCUGAUGAUGGAAAGCGGAAUCCUGGCGUCAUUCCUUAUUUAGUGCCGCACCUCUACGCAAAGUAUAAGGAAUUGGUUACGACGGAGAUCAGGCACGAAGAGAGGCGGUUUAAGGAGAUUAGGAAGGAAAUCGAAAAGUUAGAGAAGGAAGAGCGCGAAGCACCCCGACAAAAACCCACGGAGAUGACACCAACACCGGUUCCUCAACCGACACAUGAGUCUGCACCGGAGCCAAUGGAUGUGGAUGCAGACGAGAAGCCAGUUGCGCAACCACAACCGGAUAAGGAGCCGAAAGUGUCACCAACCAAGCCCACUACGACUGUAGGCGCAGUACCACCCCAAUCUGAACCCCACAAGGACCAGCCACCGCCGCAGUCGCAGCCGCCAGUACCUCCACCACCAGCGACCUCAGAGCCUAAGCCACCGGCCCAGCCUGUUUUACCGCAGCCGGAGACCCAGGCAAAGGACCUGCAGCCUCAGUUACAACCACAACCCUCUGCUACACCCCAACAACCUUCUUUACCAGCAGAUCCCACAUCCUCACAGAAAUCACAACCGCCGCUCCACCUUCAACCACAACCCCCUGUCUCUUCUCCACGUGGCCUACCUGCGGAACCUACUCCGGCGCAGCAGGCACAACUACCCAACGGCAAGGGUCUGCCGCCGCCUCAAGAACCAGGCGAUGCCACUCAAAAUACGCCGGUGCAAGGCAUGACAGCGAAGGUACCACCUACGCAACUGCAAAAGCCAUUGCCGUCCCCCUCUGCUGUGGCUCCUAGCCCUGGUCCUGCUCGCGACUCUAUACCCACACAACUACCUCCAGGCAAACCUCCGCAGCCAGCUAAUCUGCCGGCUCCUUCACCUACUCCGCAAAAACCCACUUCGACCGCGAAGGGCACUGGGAACAAGGGCGCUCCGAUUGUGCCCGUUUCCAAUGGUCCUCCAUAUGGGCCGUCACAAGCCAGCUUCCAACAAUGGUCAUUGAAUCAACCUCAAAUAUCACAACAACCACCGCAACCGCCUAUCGCCAAACCUACAGGUCCCACCAAGCCUCCUCAGCCGCCACUUACUCAACAAACGCCAAAGGUGGAGAAAAAGGCACAACAAGGCCCUCAACCUGUGGCGACUCCAUCGACCCCCCAACCGUCUCGCCCCUUGUUCCAAUCAUCAGCUCCUCCUGUUCCUGCCUCUGGAUUUGCAACACCUAUUGGACCAGCCCAGAGUUUGCCGACUACGGGAGGACGGGGUUCAAGGCCACGACUGUCGAUUAACACACCUGGCUCGCUCACCCCGUGGAAGCAGACUCCACAACUCACACUGCCCCAUUCACCCCGCUCACCGGACCGCCCCCGACCGGAAGAUGUCAGUCCAAUUAGUGAGAAGGCUCAGUCACCAUUUGAAUCACGGGCGGCAACACCGGAAGAACCCGAGCCUCCGCGCCGAAGGGGACGAGGAAGAAAGAAGGCAGCAGAUGCUGACCAAGGGCCCGCGAAAAAGAAGGGAGAGAAAGCAACAGUAUCGACCGGCAGGAAACGUGAUAGAAGCGCAGCUUCAUCAAGAAGCCGAGGGAGGUCUAUUCUGUCGCGUGGUGAUGAAUCAGGAGCAGAGCCUAGCAAGAUUAAGCGCGAAGUACCCAGUACCCCGGCAAGAAUUAACUCUGCCGAAGCUGAACGGAGCUCGGCUGGUCAAAAAGGUGCAACUGGCUCAGAACCUCGACCGGGUAGGGGUCGUCCAAAGCGCAAACGUCCUCCUAGUGAAGCCCCUGAACCAGAGCCGCAGCCGCAGCCGCAGCCUGACCUAAAUCAGCCAAACCGCGAGGAUUCAGAUCAAUCGGCACCCUUUGUGCUGUGCGCGCGCAACUUCCCGAGAACCGGGGCCCCGAUCAUGAAUGAUGUUUUGACUCAUAAGCAUGCCUCCAUAUUCACGAAGCCACUGACCGAGCGCGAUGCACCGGGAUACCGAGAUCUUAUCUACCGACCGCAGGACCUCAAGUCUAUCAAAUCAAGCAUAAGCCAGGGUAGCAAGUCUUUGGCGGCCGCGACGGAAGCUGCCAACACCCCAGUUGCGGAUGGCGAGUCCCCAGUUCCGAACACAGGGACACCGUCGAAAAAUGCAGUCCUCAUGCUGCAAAAAACCGACGAUGUUAUUCCACCCAAAGCAAUAGUCAACUCGGCCCAGCUAGAGAAGGAACUGAUACGCAUGUUUGCCAACGCGGUCAUGUUCAAUCCAAUUCCGCAGCGGGGCUUUGGGCCCGCAUUUCCAAUGAUCGCCGAUGGUGGGUCUGGGAGGCGCCAAUUUGUGCCGGAGCCCGAUGAAGGUGGCAUCAUAAAAGACACCCUCGAGAUGUUUGAGGAUGUCGAACAGGCGGUCACUAGAUGGCGGGCUGCUGAACGGACAGCUGAUGAGCUGGCCAGUAAGAGUGUCCUCUCUCUUCGAAGAGAAAGCGCCAGUGAUCCCAAUAUGGACAGUGCAGACGAUGUCAAGGGCUAA